CUUUUGUGGGCGGUAGAACAGGGCUAUCAGGAUGUUGUAGUAUAUCUGCUGUCUGCAGCUGUUGAACCUUCAACUUCCGUGGUUCGCAAAGCCAUUCUGAUAAAGGAUACAGCAAUACUGCAGUUGUUGUUCGAAAAAGCAUGGGAUACCAACAAAGCGCUUGGAUGGAGCGAACCUCCAGCACUUGCAUAUGCCGUCAAGGACGUCGGUCUUACUGCCUGGUUCUUAGCCCACGGUGCUGAUCCAAAUGCUAGCUGCAUGUUAGGCUUAACUCCGUUAACUUUCGCCAUUCGAGACGCAGACCUCUCUAUUAUCGAGAUGCUGUUUGCUCAUGGUGGCGAUGUUCAGCAAGGCUAUUUGCUUCACGCAGCGGUCUCGCGAGAACGAGAUAAUAGCGCUAUCUUAGAGUACCUGAUUCAAAAAGGCGCUCCAGUAAACGCGGUACAGUUCUAUAACCGGCCAGGUAUCUACCGAAUGCAGGAGACCUUCGGAUCGGGCACUGCUCUCCACGAUGCUGCUGCCGCAGGUCGCGAUGAUGUUCUUCGAGUGCUAAUAAGCUACGGGGCACGGCUGGACAUCAAGGACUCGUGUGGCGAUCUUGCCGUUGAACUGGCUGAACAUUAUGGCCAUUAUGGUACAGCGCAGUAUUUACGA